CUCGCUGAGCCUCGCUUGACCAGCGCAUUGGCCGUUGACAAAAGGCUGCUAUACAUAUGGCCUCGGAGCCAUCUACCAGCGGACAUGUGCGCUUUGUAGGAGCUUUAGCUGGCGUCGGGAGCGGUUUGACAAAGGUGGCCGUCGGACACGGGUUCGACACUAUCAAAACACGGCUACAAUGUUCUCCACCUGGUACUUACCGUGGAGCUGUCGAUUGCAUGCUCAAGAUAGUCCGAAAUGAGUCUAUCUUUGCUCUUUACAAGGGUGCGACACCGCCGGCAGUGGCCUGGGCAGCGAUUGACUCUGUCCUCUUGGGCUCGUUGCACAACUACCGGCUAUUCCUCAUCAGGCAUGGCAUGACAGAGACAGUUCCCGGACGCGGUGCCCAAAGGCUCACAAUCGCGGGACAUACGACAGCGGGUUUAUUUGCAGGGCUCACGAGUGCAUUUCUGGCCACACCCAUGGAGCACCUGAAAGUCAAGUUGCAGAUGCAGUCCCAGAGAUCUGUAGCCGACAGACAAUACAAGGGGCCCAUCGACUGUAUCCGGCAAAUCGUGCGCAGCCAAGGCGUACUUGGCUUGUGGACGGGUUUUACCGGUAGCCUCGCGUUCAGGAGUAAUUUUGCCUGGCUCUUCGGAUCCUACGAGGUGUUCAUGCGGGGGUUCUCGAGUCUAAAAGGAACAGGAUACGAGAUCAGUACGCCAACUGCGAACUUCCUGUCGGGCGGCUUGGGCGCGUUUGCGUUCUGGAUCAUGGGUAUCCCCGCCGACAACAUCAAGAAUCGAAUGAUGGCGAUGCCUCACACAGGCGCGCGGCCAUCGUUCCUCACAACUGUUCGUCAAAUACACGCGCUUGAGGGGUCCAAGGGCUACUUCCGUGGCCUCGGACCCUCCUUGCUGCGUGCAUUUCCGGUGAAUGCAUCUGCGCUAUGGGUGUACGAAGGUCUGAUGCGCUUACUUAAUGCCGAGAAGACGAGACAUUGAACGCUUGAACGGCGAGACGGCGAGGUAGUCUCAGGCUGGCAGCUUGCAUCAUUUCUCACUAUCAUUUCUCACAACAUGUACUUGUUAUG